UCGAUAAUAUAAAAGUAUGGCCGAAAGCGCAUUUUCAUUUGUGCUCAAGCAAAAUAACAAAACAAUACGUUAAGAUUUAAUAUUAUGAUUGAGUUAAAAGUAUUUUAUUGUUUAUUCUUGUUAUCAUUUUUGGAUUCAACCUCACAAAUUCGACCCUCCUUACAUGGACAUAAUAAUGCAUUCGUUCAGGAUGACAACGAUGUUCAAUAUCUUUUGGAUAAUAUACCAUUACCUAUGCAUAAGGACUUUACUAAUACAGUGCACGGGGUUGGGGAUACUGUACCAGAUGAAGAUAAAGUACAAGAUACAUUGUCCCAUAUUUAUUUCCUACCCCACGUUUUGGAUUUUAAAGAAAGACAACUUGGUAUACCCCAUAAAGAAACUGUGAUGUUAAUUAAUAAAGACCAUAAUAGGACAAUUCAUUUAUCAUCUAUUUCUGGAAAUACUCGUCAUUUUCAUUCAUCAUUUUUCCAAGAUAAAGUAAUACCUCCUCUUAGAAAUACGACAUUCAAUGUAAUAUUUCUUGGUAGAGAAGAAGGUGAGAUUGAUACUUACCUCUUUAUACACACAUCAGAGGGUACUAUAAAGUAUCAAGUAACGUAUAACAUUAUUGUCAGAGGAAUAAGCAUUAGUAGUCCAUAUCGACUAAGACCCGUAAUCGAUGUAAAGUUACCAUUAAACGCAUCUUUUACUCCGCUAAUAUACAUGCAUAAUCCACAUCCAGAAUCAUUGCAAGUAGUAGAAAUAUAUAGUAGUGGAGGAGAAUUUCAAUUGGAAUUACCAUCAGGGGAAGCGGAGGGUUCUCGUGAAUUAUGGGAAAUACCACCUUAUCAAACGAAACCAAUUAUAAGGCUUCAUUUUAAUGCUUAUACAGAAAAAAAUCACACUGCAUAUAUUAGAGUUAAAGUAAAUAAUACUGCUGAGAUAUUAAUUGUAGCAGUCGAAGUAGAAGUUAAGAGUGGAGCUGGUCUUCAUUGGGGUGGAAGUUCGGGAAGAAUAAAUUUUGGUAUGGGAGGUUCAUUACAACCACCCACAUAUCAUAUAAUUGCUUUAAAAAAUUCAGCUAAAAAAGCAGUUAAAGUUGUGAAUAUUAUUAGCACCCCCAUAUCGAAAGCAUUAGGACUCCAAUUUAAGCCAACUACUAUUCCUGGGGAUACUGAUAUCCCAAUUGCUAUUGGAACACUAUUUUAUGAUUGGAAAGCUGGUUUAGAAUUACAACAUUUUAAGGGAAAAUUAAUGAUUAAAGCAAUGGGGCCUGGUGGUACUAGUCAAAAAUUAGCCAUACCAUGGAUAGCACAGGCGUUACAAGGAGGACUAGAAGUAAAUGCUUCUAUUACUCAUUAUUGUUCUCUGCAAACUAGCCAAGCCCAAAAUUUUAGCGUUGUAAAUAAAUUUAAAUUACCAUUAGCUAUCACACAUGUUACGAUGUCACCUAAUGUUAAAUCUCGUUUCAUGAUAAAAAAUUUUACUCCUAGAGUAAUAAAGCCAGAACAAAAAGUUAAUAUAUUUUCUUUACAACUUACCAAAGAAAAGAAAAAUGAUGACGUCGAGAUGGAAUCAUCGAUAUUAAUACAUUCAAAUGUAUCUAUAACUAAAGUACCCUUACUAAGUUAUGAUGGAAAAGUAAGGAGAAUAGUUCCAGGAGAAAGAGAAGACGAUAAAGGUACCAUGAAUUUUGGUACCGUUAGUAGUGGAACUGAAAACGAGGCAAUAUUUGCAUUAGAAAAUCAGAAUCCAGUUAAUAUAGAUUUACACGAUUGGGGAGUAAAUAUGCCUGGAGCAGUUUUGGAAUUGAUGGGUUGUCAAAGUGGCCCUGCUAAUUUAUUGGACGAGGAGCUUAAGAACGUAACUGUAUGUAGUAAUACUGGCACUCAAUUUAUAAAACCUGGAUUUUUAGCUAUUUUUAAGAUCAUAGUAAAAGCCCCUAUGAUAGAAGAGGAUACGAUAGUCGGCGAUGUCUUUGUUAGAACCAAAUACGAAAGAUUUAUUUUACCCGUAUUCAUGCGAGUUGCUCAUGGAAAAAUAUCUGUAAAGAAACUUAUAUUUACAGAUUGUUUUCCUGGAUCGAUAUGCGUACAACAAGUUAAAGUGCAUUCUACGUUUGCCAGACCGAUGGAAGUAACUGAAAUAAUUUCAGUUAAUAAAGAUGAUAGAAUAAAAUAUAUACCUUUAGAAGAAGCAUCGUUACCGACAAUAUCUAAAGGUGAUAAUCUGGUAGGAUCUAUAAAGAUUAAUCCAUCCAUCAACUGUAAACAACGAUGCUACCUUGACUUAUUAUUAGAUACAAACGCUGGUAGUCAAUGGUUAAAUACAAUGAGCCUUCCUUCUCACACACGUGAUACAGAUUUAAAUUUACUAACUACACGUUACAUGCGUUUCAUUAAUUCUACUGGAGGAGGUUCUUGGGAUAAUGUAACAAUGCGUUUAGAUACUAACGAAGUACGUGGUUAUAAAUUUGAUGUCAACAUCAAACCACAUUGGCCCAGUUUAUUGACCAGUUCUGGAAAUGCUAGCAAAAACAAAAGUAUAAUAAUGUUUCCAUUAACGCAAGUUGGAUAUACGUCGCAUAAAAAAAUUAAAUUAUAUAAUCCGAGCAGAAAUCCUUUAAUAAUUCAAUUAGUAAUGGACUGGAGUUAUCCUCAAGGAUCAAGAUUAUUUCAUUCUUUACCUAGCAAGUUCAAACCAAUGUGUACAGAAUGUUUACCUACAGUACAAGAGGAAUUUAAAUUGGAAGACAACGCGGAGGAACGAGAAUCGUUUGAAAAACAAUGGGAUGUUACGGUGGCUUCGCAAUCAUUUCCUUUCUAUUUAAAUCCUUCAGAAUCCAAAACUAUUAAAAUAACAUAUUCACCUUCUUCUGCAUCACUUUCGUCUGCUCUUAUAUAUAUUAGAAAUAAUAUGACCAUCCUAGAAGUGUUACGUGUAAUGGGACGAGGAGCAAGUGCACAAUUUAGGUUUGGAAAUCGUAAACCAGGUUCUACUACGCCUUUAUUAUUUGAACUUGGAGAUAAACACCUUAAAGAUUGUGAACGUGAAAGAUCGAAAAGAAAUUCUAUUCCAAAUUUAACGGUUAAAAGAUCCUUCACGGCGAGAAAUACUGGCGAAUUAUUGGUACAUAUUUACGAUUUCUAUAUAAGUGGUUCGCGUUGCGAAGGAUAUGGGUUUAAGGUACUUAAUUGUGCCCAAUUUGUAUUGCUCCCAAAUGUUACGCAAAAAAUAGAAAUAGCGUUUACGCCGGACUUUACUUUAUCACGGAUUGAAAGAAAAUUAUUAAUAUUAACGAGUUUGGGAACUGAAAAUCAGACUAGCACGAUAAAGCUUAAUUUAUUGGCAACACUUCCUAUGCAUUUAUUGGAACCUUGCUCAGCAAUAUUAAUUAGACCGUCAUGGGAAAAUAUAUUACAUUGGGCAGCUGUAUUUCUUUCAUCGUUAUUGUUGAUUUUUGUAUUAGCUAUAUCCUUUCUCGAAUCGGAACAAAUAUUAAAAGGUACAUUGGUUAAUUCAUCUCGAGAAAGUUCUGUUCAGCCGCCUCUUGAUCUUAGGCUUUUGUCGUACGUGCCAGCUCAAAUGACUGAUAUAAAUAAUACGUUGAAAGAGAAAAUUAUUAACGAGGAUAAAAAUAAAUUAAAUAAAAGGGAUGAGGUAACAUCGGAAUGGAUGUUAAUUAAUAAUAAACGUUGUAAGGACAAGGAUUUGCAAAAGAGUCUGAAAAUUUCUGAUUGGACAUCGGAAGAAGAACAACGUUUUAAAUUGGAUACAGAAUCGAAAGAUUUGUUAUCUUUCAAAUCUUGCGAAAAUACCCUUGAUAAUUCGAAUAAUAUCACGAAUAUUUCACUUGGUACUAGAAAGAGAAAUAAUAAAAAACAACAAAUAAUCAUUCAAGAAAGUCAAUCCGAUAAUAAUUGUCUGAUAGAAAAUACAUUUACUGAAAUUCAGUCAGUACAAGAAAAGAAAUAUAGGACGCAUUCUUUAAUUAAAUCUAGUCCAGUUAUAAAUAGAAAAACUAAAUCAAACAAUGUUGGAAAUGGGAAAGAAGAAUCGUUAAAGUCAUGCGACAAUGAAACGCAAGGAGAUAAUAUUUAUUUAAAUAAUAAAAGUAAUAAAUCGGAUAAUAAAAGAAAGCAAAUAACUGGUGGUAAUAGUAGUACCGGUCAUAGUAAUCACACGUUAAAGAAACUCGAAAUAUCAUCGCAGCAAAAAAACAAUGUUCAACUUUCGGAAGAAGAAACUUCAUCGACGACGACGGAAAGUUCAGUACAGGAUGAUUCGUCGUCUUUAUGUAAAGGACACGAUCAAAAUUGUAUAAAAACAGAUAAAUUACAAAGAAAACAAGGGAAUAAAAAAAACAAAUCUCAAGCUAUAAUCCCGUCUGUACCUUGCGUCGAUUACAAAGACAAUUACGAGGGGGAUUGUGACGAUGACGAAUACGACAAAGAAAGGCAUAACAAUCCGAAUAGAUGGAAAACAAAUACAACUAGAUCUAGUACGAAAUAUCAUAUUCAUGGAUCGCGUACAGUCGAAUCGUCUUAUAAAUUACCACGACAGAGUAAAAAUCUUCCAAGGAAAGAUAAAGUAUCGCAGAAACGACGUGGAACUGAUAAAAUUCAUACAAAAAAUUCGUCUUUAAACGGGAAUACAAAUGCAAAGGAAGAUGGGAUACGAAAUUUAGGAACAACACCUACGAUAUCACCGCCACCACCACCUUCGGGAUGGGGCGAACACAGAGCUAAAUUUAGCGACGUUGUAGCACGUAAUCAAGAAAGCAUCCCAACGUUUUCUAAUUUGUCAAAUUUACAUGAAAAUCAAGCAGUCUCACACAAUUUAUCUUUGGUAUUUAAUAACGAUAACAAAGAUAUAGAAUAUAUAAAACAACAGCAGAACCAUGAAUCGAUAGAAUCUACCAAAGAAUACGAAGUAAUGCCAGAUGUUUUACCACUUUGCAUACCAUCCGUUGGAAGGACUAAAUUGAUUUGUCAGGAUCAUUUAAUGACGCAAACUAAUAUCCCGCUUAUAAAUAGUUAUUUUAUCAAUAACUUUAUAGAUCCUUCAUUCGAAAGAGAAUUAGUACCGUAUGACGAUCUUCCAGAAACGGAUGAAUUAUUGGUCGAAUUAGAAAGUCCAGAAGAAGAUACGAGAUGUCAAUUGUGGAACGAUAAUAGAUCUAUGGUAGAUUUAUUAUCGGAUAGUACAGGUUCUUUUCAAUUUGACUCUUCUAAUUCUACAGAAGAUGGCACAAAUUUAACAGAUUCUUUAAGAGAUAAUUGGGCGAAUGUAGAAACUAAUUGGGAACCAUUAUACACUAGAACAGCAGUCGGAGAAGAACGAAGUGGCGUAUGGGGUGUUAAUACAGGUGGUGUUUGGGCAGCUGCACCUUGGGGUGCAACCGCACAACCACAUACUACGUUAUCUGUGCCACUACAAUUAUCAGAAUCAGAUGCACAGGAUGGAACUGGAUUUGAUCCGUUUCGUUCUUUAAAUACAAUUUGGACGCCGUCAUCAACAGAGUCUUGGAAAAAAAAGCAUGAGGAUUAAUAACUGUUAACGUUACUAAUUUAUCUCGUGAUAUUGUUGGCUUGUUUAAAAGUAUUUUUUUUUUUUUUGUGAAGAAGUGAAAGUAAUGUAUUAAAAAAAAACAAACAAAAAAAAACAAAAAAAGAUACAACAAAGUUAUAAAAAAAAUUAAUUGCAAUUGAGAUCAAUCGACUAAUCAAGUUCACGGCGACAUUCAAUUUUGUUUUAUUCGAAUUAAAGAAAUUUACUGAAGGCAAUAAAAAAAGAUUCUCUUUUUAUACAAUAUAUUAUAAAAUUGUUUCGUUUUUAAAAUGCGUAUUUCUAAAUUUUGAUAAGCUGAUAUAAUUACAUUGUAUUAAAAAUAUACGUCAAUUAUUUGUUUUCAUAGAUCAAAUUAACUUUCAUUAGUUUGAUUAUGAUUAAAAGUGCAUGAUACAUUAUUACAGCAUUGAAAAAACUUAAGUAAUCAUUUAAAUUUCUUUAAGAAUUUGAUUCUCAAUUGCACAUUGUUUUUCGUUUUCUUUUUUAUUUGAUAUUUAUUGUAAAUGAGAAAUUAUUGUUCACGGUACUCAAUAAUAUUUGAGAAUAUUGUUAUUUUGUUAUUACUGAAAAAAAAGAAGAAAAAAAAGAAAAGAAAGAAAAAUAAGAAAUGAUAAUUAAGUUAAUUAAAAAGUGAGAGAGAACUGUGAUUUUUAUAGUCUUGACUCUUCUUGUAGAAAUUUCUGUAGUAAAAGUUUUCAAGACAUUUUACAAAGUUGUGAUGUAUACAAAAGGAAAAUAAAACAUAUGUACCUACUCUUCAAGACUGGUA